CGGAAGCUGUACUCUUUACUGUCGCUAACUUGACACUGAACAAGAUGGCGUCUGGUGGAAACGUGUGUUAGCAGAGUCUCUUUUGUUGUGUUUUUAAAGUGUGAACAUGUCUAAAGUCCAAAUGCUGAGAUCGUUGGUGAAGCAGCGACUAACUGCGGCUGCUGAAGAGAUAUUUGGGCUGUUUGAAAGAACGAUAGCAGAGUACGAGGAGGAACUUUGUCGAUCAAAAGAGGAGAACGAGCGACAACGGAAACUAAUGGACGCUGUUUUCAACCCUCAGCUUCGGUUACACAGAGCAGACGUCCAGCAGCUGUUGGUGGUUAAAGAAGAGGUUCCCCCUGAGCAGCAGGAGUGGAGCUCCAGUGUGGACCAGGACGACCCAGAGCCUCCACACAUUAAAGGGGACCAGGAGGAACUCUGGAUCAGUCAGGAGGGAGAACAGCUUCAAGGGCUGGAGGAGGAUGAUAUCACCAAGUUCACAUCCACUCCUGUCCCUGUGAAGAGUGAAGAUGAUGAAGAGAAACCUCAGUCCUCACAGCUUCAUCAAAGACACACUGAACAGAUGGAAACAGAAGCGGAAGGAAAGGACUGUGGAGGAGCAGAACCAGCCAGGAACUCAGAUCCAGAUACACAUUUACAACCUGAGAUUGAUGACAAGACUGGAGAGUCUUCUGAACCAGAGACUGAUGACAGUGAUGGUUGGAAGGAGACCAGAGAACCUCAGUCAGGUUUAAACUCUCUGAAAAAUGAUCAAGUCUCUGUCAAUAAUUUGAUUGUUGGUGAGAAACGAUUUAGCUGCUCUGAGUGUGGGAAAAUAUAUGGUCGAAGUGAACAUCUGAAGGUACACAUGAGAUCUCAUACAGGAGAGAAACCAUUUAGCUGCUCUGAAUGUGGGAAAAGAUUUGGUUACAGUGGAGGUCUGAAGAGACACGUGAGAACUCACACAGGAGAGAAACUAUUUAGCUGCUCUGAGUGUGGGAAAACAUAUGGUCGAAGUGAAUGUUUGAAGAUACACAUGAGAACUCAUACAGGAGAGAAACCAUUUAGCUGCUCCGAGUGUGGGAAAACAUAUGGUCAAAGUGAAAAUCUGAAGGUACACAUGAGAACUCAUACAGGAGAGAAACUAUUUAGCUGCUCCGAGUGUGGGAAAAGAUUUGGUUACAGUGGAGAUCUGAAGAGACACAUGAGAACUCAUGCUGGAGAGAAACCAUUUUGCUGUUCUGAGUGUGGGAAAACAUAUGGUCAAAGUAAAAAUCUGAAGGUACACAUGAGAACUCAUACAGGAGAGAAACCAUUUAGCUGCUCUGAGUGUGGGAAAAGAUUUGGUUACAGUGGAGUUUUGAAGAGACACAUGAGAUCGCAUACAGGAGAGAAACUAUUUAGCUGCUCUGAGUGUGGGAAAAGAUUUGGUUGUAGGAGAGAUUUGAAGAAACACAUGAGAACUCACACAGGAGAGAAACUAUUUAGCUGCUCUGAGUGUGGGAAAACAUAUGUUCGAAGUGCACUUCUGAAGAAACACAUGAGAAUUCACACAGGAGAGAAACUAUUUAGCUGCUCUGAGUGUGGGAAAACAUAUGUUCGAAGUGCACAUCUGAAGGUACACAUUAGAUCUCAUACAGGAGAGAAACCAUUUAGCUGCACCGAGUGUGGGAAAAGAUUUAGUUACAGUGUAGUUUUGAAGAAUCACAUGAGAUCUCACACAGGAGAGAAACUAUUUGGCUGCUCUGAGUGUGGGAAAAGAUUUGGUCAAAGUGGAGAUCUGAGAAGACACAUGAGAGCCCAUACAGGAGAGAAACCACUUAGUUGCUCUGAGUGUGGGAAAAGAUUUUGUUGUAGGAGAGAUUUGAAGAAACACAUGAGAACUCACACAGGAGAGAAACUAUUUAGCUGCUCUGAGUGUGGGAAAACAUAUGUUCGAAGUGCCCUUCUGAAAGUACACAUGAGCUCUCAUACAGGAGAGAAACCAUUUAGCUGCUCUGAAUGUGGGAAAUCAUUUACACAAAAUGAAUAUUUACAUACACACAUGAAAAUUCAUGAGGGAGAAAAGUGAUGUAGCUGUUCAGUCAAAAUAAAUAAAUUCUAUUUGGAAUAAGAUUUUAAAAAGACAAAUGACUGACACAGAUCCAAACAUUUAUGUUUAUAUGUUUUUAAAUGUAUGUAUUUACUUACUUACUUACUUACUUAUUUACCAAGAUCAGUCUUGUACAGCCAGUGGGAGUAUUUCCCCUCUGACAGCCAAGCUGGGUCAAAACCUGUUAU